AUGUGGUCUUUUUUCUCUCGCGAUUCCUCGAAAGACUUUCCUUAUGAAAUCGGAGAACAAGUGCAACAGUUUGACGCGAAAAGCAUCUGGAGUCUACACCGUGGCAAACGGAAAGGUUCUAAUGAUGAGGUGUCAGUCUUUACAUAUGACAUCAAAAACGGUUCAGACAUUAAGCUGGAGCUAGCGAAAGCCGCACUAAAGCGACUGAAAACGUUGCGCCACCCUAGCAUUCUUCAAUUUCUAGAUAGUCUGGAAACGGAUAAGGUUCUAUACGUAGCUACCGAGCCUGUCGAGCCUUUAGGUACCCAUAUCGGCAAGCUAGCAGCUGAAGGACCGCAACGGGACUUGUAUCUGGCCUGGGGUAUCUUUCAAAUCACGCGUGCGUUAUCGUUUCUUAACAACGAUGGGAACCUGCGACAUAACAAUGUCUCUGUAUGGUCGGUAUUUGUUAAUACAUCAGGCGAGUGGAAGCUUGGUGGACUGGAAUACGUAUCUUCAACUGAGUUACCGGUUGUACCACCGAUCAAAAUACCGCCCUCACUAGAAAUUUACGAUCCACCGGAAAAGAGUGACACAAACAAACUGAAAUCAGCAACAAAAUGUUCCAGUGAUAUGUGGGGUCUUGGCUGCCUGGUAUGGGAAUCCUUUAACGGACCGUUGAAAACGCGAGGAAACCUGAAAAACAUUGAAGGCAUUCCAAAAUCAUUGGCUCCUUUGUAUUGUGAACUUGUGGGCGCUGCACCUGCAAGCCGACCAAAUCCCGCAGAUGUUAUUACCAAAUGCCGGAAGCCGGGUGGAUUUUUUAAGAAUGAUUUAGUGGAUUCGCUUCUAUUUCUAGAGGAAAUUCAAAUAAAGGAUAAGGUGGAAAAAAUGCGAUUUUUUAGCGCACUUACAUCACAGAUAGACAACUUUCCUGAUAAUGUUUGCAGGCACAAAAUUCUACCCCAAUUAAUAACGGCCUAUGAGUAUGGUGAUGCCGGAUCUGCGGUGUUAGCCCCAAUGUUUAAGCUGGGACGACUCCUUGAUGAAGCAGAAUAUCAGAAGCGUAUAGUGCCAUGUGUAGUAAAGCUGUUUGCAUCGACUGAUCGCGUCACACGCUCCCGUUUGCUGCAACAACUCGAUUUGUUUAUUUCGCAUUUGCAGCCCAACGUGGUGAAUGAUCAAAUCUUUCCCCAAAUCGCACAUGGCUUUCUAGAUACCAAUCCGACAAUUAGGGAACAAACGGUGAAAUCUAUUAUACAUUUAGCACCAAAGCUAAAUUACAACAAUUUGAACGUUGAAGUACUGCGUCAUUUUGCACGACUUCAGUCACGAGAUGACCAAGGCGGUAUUCGAACGAAUACGACUGUGUGUCUAGGUAAAAUUGCACCGCAUUUACAUCCCCAGGUCCGACAACGUGUCCUUGUCUCCGCAUUUAUACGAGCGAUGCGUGAUCCGUUUCCACCGUCGCGAGUGGCAGGAAUACUAGCGCUUGCGGCUACACAACAAUAUUUUUUGUUGAACGAAGUUGCCAUUCGUAUUUUGCCUGCUUUAUGUCCCCUCACGAUGGACUCCGAAAAAUCGGUACGCGAUCCUGCCUUCAAAACACUUCGUGGAUUUUUGGGCAAAUUAGAAAAAGUAUCAGAAGAUCCAAGUUUGCGUGAGAGUAUGGAGGCUGACGUGCACACAGCAACGCCGUCGCUGGGAAAUGCUGCUGCAACAUGGGCCGGCUGGGCAGUGACAGCAGUUACCGCCAAAUUCUACCGCAGUCAAAGUGACACGGCCCGACCGAGACCACCACUAACUGGUAAAACUUUGAGUAAACCUGCUUCUUUGGAACAACCUUCGAGUAGCAGUAUAUCAACUACCACUAGUAGUGUUACGUCGAUGACCUCAUUGGAACAUGAAAGCGCUGACACAUCUGCUUCAGCAAGCGAUUACGGACCCGAUAAUUGGGACCAAGAAAACUGGGGCGAUAUGGAUACUUCACAAGAUCCAAGCAGUCCAAUGGCUGGAACAUCUAAUCAAUUAAAUCAGAACUUAAACAUGAUCAGUAGUGUGAACGAUAUGCGUGACGGUUGGGAUAACGAAGACUGGGGAAGCCUUGAGGAAGAUCCGCAUGAAACCGAACUGAACGAGAAAGACGAAGAUGAGCACAAUCAGGCACAGCAGAAGGAAGCAUCACACAUGACUAACCCGACCGGAAUUUUACCUAACAUUGUGUCCUCGAUUAACAACAGCAACAGUGGCGGUUCUUUCAACAUGGGUCGCGGUGGAGGUGGCAGCAGCAGUAGCAAUAGCACAACAAACAAUACAACCAGUUCGUCUGUUACGGACAGCACGGUAAAAGCAAGUAGCAACAACAGCAGUAGUAGCAGUACGUGUGCCAGUACCAAUACUAGCAGCAGUAACAACAACACCAUCAACAGCAUGGCGAAUCAUAUCAGCAGUCCUAGCAAAAUGAUCGCUCUUAAGAACAUGAAUAACCUACUCAACACCAGCAGUAAUAACAGCAAUCAACUGACUGGUUGGAACAACGGUGGAGGUGCGGGAGAUGGCUGGGGCGACGGAGAAUUUGAGUCACUAGACGAACCAAGUGCGGGCGGGAACGCGAAAAUGGACGAGGCGCGUCGAAAACGCGAAGAGAAGAAAAUGCAGCGGCAACGCGAAUUAGAGGCAAAGAGAGCUGCCCGCACUGGUUCUGGCGGUGGUCCGAUGAAGUUAGGUGCCAAAAAAAUUUAA